CUCCGUGUCUGGUCGGAAUUACAAAGCAUUCAACAACAAUAACAAUAAAGUUUUAAGUAUCCGGCGUGACAUUAAAAGCAAACGCUUUGAUGCUCCACCUGAGAAUAAAUCUGUAAGGCUUGUCACCAGCAUUCAGACAUCAAUUCUGCUUGCUUCACAGCCAGACAGGACACGGUAAAAAAAAAAAAAAGGAUUACUGCAAUUUAGGUCCUACACCAACAUCAAUAAACCCUUACAUUACAAGUUUCACUUUAUGAAUGGAAUUACUGUAAUAAAUCAACUUUGUCAAGAUAUUUUAAUUUUAUGACCAUCACCUGUAUAUUGUAGAGUUGAUCAGAGAAAACCCUAGCCUGGCCUGCCAGACUUGUCCUCUGUUUAAUUCUGCACAGAGAAAGGGUCUGGGAACUCUCCUAUUCAAAUAACCCCACCCCGUGAGAGUUCUAACCGAGCCAAUCAGCGCUGAGUAGCGUACGAUGGUCGCACACCAUAAUGCCGAGUUUGUCAAACAUGGCGACUGAAGCGGACUUCACUGCGGAUCUUUCCUUUGGUCAAAAUGACUCGGACAUGUCUUUAAAACCACAAGUAGAAGCGCUAAAAGCCUUUCUUCUAAAAAAAGUUUGCGCUGUCGCCAGAUGCCAUUUUUGACCACAGCUAAAAAACUACAGCAUCACGGACGUCACACACAGCGAUGCUCAGUUUCUUAUAAACAACGAAGACAGCGGCGGAGUACGCUGCGCCUCUUUCCUCUGUUCUGAAUAAUUUUAAAACCACAAAAAGUAGAAGCCCUAGCCUUUCUUCUAAAAAAUAAAAGAUUUUUGCGCCGUUGCCAGACGCCUUUUGUUCACUACAGCUAAAAGAAGCUACAGCGGUACAGUCAGCAUUUCCGUCUUUUUUGUGAUUGAUCAUUUUUGAGCUGGCUAGUCCCGCCCCUCAAGUGCCUCUCUGUCUGUGAGUUACCAGACUCUUUCUCUGUGCAGAAUUAAACAGAGGACAAGUCUGGCAGGCCAGGCUAAGAAAAACCACCAACAGUUACAGAUUUGGUAUACUGAAUUCUUUAAAGUUAUUCAACUGAACAAAUAAGUGCAAAACUUAGAGAAGAUAAUAAGCUACAUAUAGACAUGUAGCAAACCUUAAUAAAAUAUUUGCCUAAAUAGGUGAGUGAUGUCAUUCUUAAAGGAUCAGGCUGUCUUGAUUGAUAUCCUUGGAUACUGUAACAUUCUUGUCAAUAUGCACCUAUUACAUAUACUAUGUGUCCCCUUGACAGACCAUUAAACUUAUCUUAAGACUUUUAUGUUCUUUGGCUUCUCAAGUGCCUUCAACACAAUACAGCCGGGUCUUCUGCAACUGAAGAUGAGGGGGGCAGGAGUGGACGAACAUCUGACUGCAUGGAUAGUCAACUACCUCACCAACAGUACGUCUGAGGUGGUUUUAUGCAGUACUGGCGCUGUGCAGGGUACGGUGCUCUCACCCUUUCUUUUCACCUUCUACACCUCAGACGUCACCUACACCAGCAGCUAUCACCUCUAGAGGUUCUUAGAUGACUCAGUCAUUGUCGGCUGUGUGUGAGGGGAAUGAUCUGGAGUACAGGUCAGUAAUCAUGGACUUUGUGGACUGGUGUGAGCCUAACCACCUUCACUUGAACACCAGUAGGACAAAGGAAAUGGUGAUCGACUUCCAGAGAAACAUUCCUCCUCACUCACCAGUAAACAUCCAGGGAGCAGACAUUGGAGGUGUUCACCUCAACAGUAAACUGAACUGGUCUCACAACACAGAUGCUCCCUUUAAGAAGGGCCAAAGCCACCUCCUGAGGAGCCUGAGACCCUUCGGAAUCACAGUAGGUCAUUCAUCCUUUCUGCAGAGUGUAUGGGCUGCAUGGUGGCGCAGUUGUUAGCACUGUUGACUUGCAGCAAGAAGGUUGCAGGUUCAAAAAUCGGCUGUGGCCUUUCUGCGUGGAGUUGCAUGUUCUCCCCAUGCAUGCGUGGGAUUUCUCCGGGUACUCCGGUUUCCCCUACAGAUCACAACAUGCCCUACAAGUUAAAAAUUGUACGUUGCUUUGGAUAAAAGUGUCUGCCAAAUAAAUAAACAUAUAACUCCUGUUAUGGCUGAUGCCAUUUGUAGUGUCCUUUCUCACGCCCCUGUUUUUACCCCUCCUGUGUGAAAGGAGCUGUUUUGAUGCACCUGGCUCCACAAUGAAGCUCCCAGCUGGUAGCAAUGAGAAUCAGAAGCUGAAUGAGGACUCACUGCAUGAAAACCACCUAGCCCUAAUUAUUAGGGAGCAGCUGGGGGUAUUCCAGAAAGCGAGAUUUUCCCAAAACCAGGUUUUCUUUUGAGGUUCCCGGUGUAACCUCCCCUAAAUCGGUUCUACGAAUGUGGCUAGCCUGAAACUCCUCCCAGUCACCAUGGUAACACAUCCCGGAGAACAAACCUGCUCAGUGGCAGAAUAGCAGCUAGGCUUCCUGACGCUAUGUGAAUGUGAUUGGACGAGGCAAGUUAUGUCACCUUUUUUUGUCUGUGGCUGCGGAGGAGGUGAAUUAGCAACACCGCUGGCCCACAGCGGUAGCAGCAGCUUCAGCUUUGUUCUUGAUGGCUAAAUAAUUAAUAAAUGUUGAGUUUAAACUUUUAAAACUGAGUUCUAAUUGGAUUUACAUCUUAACAUUUUUUGUAUUUAAUCCUCAUUUGCAGGGUUUCAGUCCACUGAUGUUGCCCUUGAAAUCAGCAUUAUUCAUAAGUAUAAUUAUAUAUCAGCUUUUGUCUGGGAUGGACCCAUAUAAAUAACAUGCUGCCCUCUUUAUGAAUAUGCUAAAAUAGCUUUAAACUACCUUACAGCUGCUAACAUAGUCAAUAUGUAAAAUGAAAUACUUUAUUGAUGUGACUAUAUAGUUUAACAGCUUGUACUCUGGUCACACUUGUCAAACACGGUAAUAUUUGAUUUAUAUUACUUACGAGAUGUUUUUUGCUCGGUGUGUAAUAUGAGUGCUAAACUGUUUACAGAGUUAACUUUAGGAUCACAUGACUGCAACGAACGUAUCUAUAUAAUUAAAAGAAACGUGGUCGUCUCUGUAGCCGGAAAUGUUGCCAUGGUUCCAAGAAUGUACAAAAGAUGUUGCCAUGGUGAUAUUGUUCCCUGGACACUGCUGCCUUGCAGCCUCGAUGCUGCAGAUCUCGGAUGGCUUCGCCUGGCCUGUUAGCUUCGUAAGUAACGUUGCUUACAUGGUCGUCUGUGAAGCUGGAAACAAGUUCACAGUGGAGAGGUGCAGCUGGUCGUUUCACCGCAUUCAAAUGAGGAAAGCUGUUGUUGGUGCCAGAGCUUAAAGAGCAAGUCACCUCCAAAUAUUUUUUUUUGCUAACAAACUAAAUAAAUGAGUGUCUUAUAGUGCUGUAGACAUGUGUAGUCAAUAAUCUGGCACUUUAGAGCAUCUUAGUUCAAAUUUUAACAUUCAGCCUAAAACUGUCAGUGUUGCGUCGUCGUCAGGCAUAAACUCUGCACUGCAUUUCAAUUUAAAUCUGCCAUCGUUGUACACUAUGACGUUAGCUGGUACAUUAUGACGUCACAACGUCGUUGUGAGCCUGUUUGUGAGUGUUUGAUAGCGGCCCCACCCUCUUGGUCUGCCAGGCAAGAGCAUUUGUUGCAUUUUUCAAACGUGAAGUGGGAGUGGAGUAAGACUCCGUUACGGGUGACUUGCUCUUUAAUUUCAGUCUGUCUUAUUUUGAAAGGACACGUUCCGGUAACAGUUAGCUGGUAUAUGGCAACUCAAUUGAGUAACUAAACCCCAGAAUAAUUAUUUGUGCUAAUUAACUGUAUAAUUGGGUCUUUACAAACGCAAUAUUUCUGUUUCUGUGCAUUUUUGACAUGUUUGUGCAAACUUGAUUGAAUCUAGAAACUAGGUUCAAAAAACGUCUUAGUGCUGCCUCCAAAGUAGUUUAGAACCUUUUUGUCCCAGUUUGUUUGCCGUAAUGUUUUUAGCCUUGAUAAAUUUACAUGUUUUAGCUAGUAUGACUUUUAUACUUAUUUGUUUUAGUUUUAAGCACUGGUCAUUAUUUUAUGUAACCUUGUUUUUCUGCUAUGCUGUCAUGUUUGUAACUUCACUUUAGUUUAACAAAAUAGCCUCCGACAGAACUAUGAACUUUGUGGCUAGCUUCCGCUGCUAGCUAGUACGUCUACCUUAAGAAAUGGGUUGAUGCUUUUCGCAGUAUGGCAGGUCUGCCUAGUUUAAGCGUUAUUGUUGUCGUCCUUGCCUUGCUUCUUUUACCAUGUUGGCAUAGCAACCUUUUGUUAAUCUAUAAAGGCAGACUGGUUAGAUCAGUUCCUCGCACACCCAGCAGGAUUAUCAUAGCAGCUGAUAAAUGGCUCAAAUAUUAUCCAACAAAACCACAAAACUUUUUAAAGAGCCGCCCGGGAAGCCAUCAAAGUAAUGGAGUUUCUGGAAGAAGUGAAUGCAGCAUGGCUUCAGAGAGCCGCUUUGACUGUGGCAGGGACAGGGUUCUGAGUCAGGACGAGUGUGAAGAGAGAGGAUGCUGCUACUCUCCUCUACCUGGAUCAUCAGGACCACCCUGGUGUUUCUACCCCUCUCUGUAUCCGGGUUAUAAAAUGAGUCCCAUCACUCCCACCAAAAGAGGUCAGACUGCCAGCUUGACUCGAGUCACACCAUCAUAUCUCCCCAAAGACAUCUUCAACUUGAGCCUUGAAGUCACAGAGGAGACUGCAGGCUGCCUGCACAUCACUUUAAAGGACCCUUCCACUCAGCGGUAUGAAGUUCCUCUUCUUGAUGGCAUUCGUCACACAAAAGCGAGCAGCCAGGAUGUUCUUUACACCACAGAAUAUCAGUCUGAUCCAUUUGGUUUCAUAGUGAGUCGUAAAUCCAGCGGAACAAUCAUAAUGAACACCACGGUGGCCCCUCUGCUGUUUGCUGAUCAGUACCUGCAGCUGUCCACCUCACUGGCCUCCUCCUUUGUGUCUGGCCUUGGAGAACAUUACACCCCUCUCAUCCUGGACCUCAACUGGACCUCUCUGUCUCUUUGGAACAGGGACAUGGCACCUCAUGCUGACGCAAACCUCUAUGGCUCCCAUCCAUUUUAUAUCGUGCAGGAAGAUGACAGCCUAGCACACGGAGUUUUCCUUCUUAACAGCAAUGCAAUUGAAGUGAUGCUGCAGCCGACUCCAGCUCUCACCUGGGUAUCCAUUGGUGGAAUCCUGGAUCUGUAUAUUUUUCUUGGUCCUGACCCUCAAAGUGUGAUACAGCAGUACCUCCAGAUCAUCGGAUAUCCUAUGAUGCCUCCUUAUUGGUCCCUGGGCUUUCAUCUGUGUCGCUGGGGUUAUACAACCACUAAUGCAACCCGAAUGGUCGCACAACACAUGCACAGUGCCAACUUUCCAAUGGAUGUUCAGUGGAACGACCUGGACUAUGCCGAUAAGCGCAGGGUGUUCACCUUUGACCGUGUGCGAUUCGGAGAUCUGCCAGAGAUGGUGCAGGAGUUUCAUGAAGGAGGCAUGAAGUACAUCCUAAUUCUGGACCCCGGUAUCAGCAGCACCAGCCCCUUUGGGACUUAUCCUCCUUUUGAAGAUGGACUGAAACAAGACGUCUUUAUUAAAAACGCCACCGGGCAGGUUCUAAUUGGGAAGGUUUGGCCUGGCCCAACAGCAUUUCCCGACUUCACCAACCCAGAAACCAGACAGUGGUGGGAGGACUGCAUCAGAGACUUUUAUUCUGAAGUUCCUGUUGAUGGUUUGUGGAUUGACAUGAAUGAACCCUCCAGUUUCAUUCAGGGAUCAGUGGACGGCUGUCCAGACAGUGAGCUCGAGAGACCACCAUACACUCCCAGAGUAGUUGGAGGUCAGUUGAACACAGGAACGAUCUGCAUGUCAGCCCAGCAGAAGCUGUCCACUCACUACAACCUGCACAAUCUUUACGGACUGACCGAAGCGGACGCAACACACAGUGCUCUCCAGAAGAUUCGGAGGAAGAGACCCUUUGUUUUGUCUCGCUCCUCUUUUCCUGGUAUUGGACGUUUCUCUGGAGUGUGGACGGGGGACGUCAGGAGCAACUGGGAGCAGCUUCGACUCUCCAUCCCUGCGGUGCUGCAGUUCAGCUUGUUCGGGGUUCCUCUGGUGGGAGCGGACAUCUGCGGCUUUGGAGGCAACACCACUGAGGAGCUGUGUGUGCGAUGGAUGCAGCUUGGUGCCUUUUACCCAUUUAUGAGGAACCACAACGACAAACCCAAUGCUCCUCAGGAGCCGUUUGUGUUUGGACAGGCAGCCCAGGCAGCCAUGCGUAGUGUGUUAAACCUCCGGUACUCCCUUCUCCCUUACCUCUACACACUCUUCCAUCAUGCACACACUUCUGCUGCCACAGUUGCCACACCUCUCUUCACGGAGUUUCCCGCUGAUGCUAACUGUCGGAUUAUAGACCAGCAGUUCCUGUGGGGGAGUUCACUUCUCAUCAGUCCAGUUUUAGAUGAAGGGUCGGUUGAAGUGAAAGCGUACCUGCCAGCCGGUACUUGGUACAGCCUUCAGAACGGCCAGCCCCUCUACAGUAAGGGGGAGUAUUUCCUCCUGCCAGCACCUCUGGAAACCAUCAAUGUACAUGUGAGGGAGGGCCACAUCAUCCCCCAGCAGGAACCAGCUUUGACGACCACGGUUUCACGCGGGAACGCUUUCUUCCUGACGGUGGCACUGUCAGCCAGCGGUCAAGCCAGGGGGGUCUUGUUCUGGGAUGAUGGAGACAGUCUGGACACAUUUGAAAUGGAAAAUUAUAGUUAUCUGAUAUUUACUGCUGGCGAGUCCCAGGUUUCUAGUGACCCUCAGAGGCUGAACGGGGACCUGGACGCUCUGGUUCUGGGGGGACUUCAGGUGUUCGGGGUGCCCUCACCACCUCUCCAUGUGUUGGCAAACGGGGUGGAAGCCAGUGAAUUUACAUACUGUGCUGACUCUAAGGUUCUGACAGUGACCAGCCUGGCCUUACCCAUGUCUGAGAUGUUUACGGUCCAGUGGGCUCUCUGAUGCAGCUUUGUUAUUGUUGGCCUUGUCAGCUGCUGCUGAAGGGGUCAACUGUAUUUUCCUAAAGAAUCUAAAAUGGAUUUCCUUUGAUCCGUUGGAAUCAUCACAGUUACAAGCUCUGAAAUGAUCAGCUCUAAAUAAUAUGAUUUAAAAGGAAGACGUUGAUGUAUCUGCUGGGUUAGUCCUGCAAGUUUGUACACUUUUUGUGUGAUUAUGUAUUAUUUGUAGCCGUCGCUUUGGUUUUGUGAAAUCUACUAAAAAGAUUUAAAUAAAAAAAAUGUCAACGGAGA